AUGAUGAGGUCAACCGUGAGACGGUUCCCAUCACGCCAGCAACUUAAAGGCGAAUACAUAGACAAAAAGAAGAAUAAUGAAAGUCUACAAAAAACUAUCUCGCCGUCGAAGAUUAGACCUUUACCAAAGGCGCCACCAAGAAAAACUAAUACAAAUAGCAGACGCAAAAGAAAAUCUAUAGUAUUGACGGACACUUCUGAAAAGGAAUGUGAAGAAAAAAUGAAGAAAAAACAGAGAAAAGAUGAUAAAAUUAAAGGAAAAGGGAAAGGAAGGGGGAAGGAGAAGGGAAAAGCCAAAGGUAAAUCAACAAAUAAUAAAAUCGGAGUGGGCAGAGCUAAAAAGAAGAUUUUAUGUUCAGAUUCAGAAUCUGAAUCAGAAGAGUGGUAUUUUCUGGUAUGUGUUGAAGCUUACACAGAUACAAAUAAAGAAGACUGGAUAGAGUGUAUCAUUUGUAAGAUGUAA